GAGGAACCAUUCCCCUCGCCAGACGACCCACACAAGACACAUUUGAGCUCAAUUCUCCCUCUCCUCUGCUCAACCUUUCCCUCAGAUAUGCUCAGCACAGAGCGGAUUCAACACACUACAUCAGGAACUAAACACGGACCGCGAAAAGAGCACAUCACAGCGAUGGCCUCUCCUGUGCAGCUGUUCAUGAGCUUGCCUCAUCUGGACUAGCACGGACACGCACACACCACUAAAAGCAAAAACACAUUGCCUAGCCAUGUACAGCGUGGAAGACCUUCUCAUCUCUCAUGGAUACAAAGUCCCUCAAAGGAACAGCAACAAUGUCCCUGUCUCACAUUCGUCUUCCCCCCACCCUGCAACCUAUGAGAAAUGUCUGCCGAAGCGAAGCGACAGCCGGUGUGAAAUCGCUGAGAAGCGGAAAGGACACAGUGGCGUGAAUGGCUAUGAGGGGGACCAUGUUUACAGCAGUGGAGGCAUCAGACAAGCUCCUGCCAGGGGAUUCCCCGGUGACGCUGAAAACAGGGUCAGGAAGCAGAGGACACAAGAUGUGGACAACGGUAACCUAGGAGAUGGACGUUUGCCAGAAGACAGCCUGACCAUGGACAGUGGGUUUUUUGAGACCCACAGAGGAAUACAUUCUCAGCCUAGAUCUGAGCAGGAUGUGUCCUACUGGCAAAGAAGAGGUCAGGACUUAAGUGUGCUUAUGGAUUAUGCAGACUUUAGGGAUCCAUGUGGAAGUGGAGGAGGUGUUCCCAAUAAACCAGAAGGCAUGCAUCGGAGACCAGAAUCUGCCUUAAGCACAGAGGAACAUAACCGUGAAAGACAACGACGGGCAGAGAGUGCACGUGCCAGGGAGAGAGAGAUGGCUCUGCACCAGUGGAGAAUUGCAGCUGAAAGGAAGUACCAAAGUUUGGGAACAGAGGAGUGGCGUCCAAUGACCAGCAUGAGCCGUCAACCAUCUGAAAACGAGGUGGCACAAGAGCAACGCAGGCCACGAACUGCAGAAGGAGCCGUUCCACCCAGAACCAAAAACAAGUCCCAGUCACUGCCCAGAAUGGCUCUGCAAUCUGAAAGCCUCCAGUACUUCAGCAUACCAACUGCUGGGCAAGAAUCAUAUGGAAGCUAUAAGUUAAAUGGCCACCAUGCACAAGACCCUCAUGGACGGCAUCUUAAUGAUGGGGAGAACAGGCAGAGGUGGACUGACCGAUCAGGUGCACAGUCCGCACCACUAUCAAAGCCCAGAUUUAGUCGACCUCUCAGACCUCCAUCUUAUGAAGUGCACCAGCAGAUGCGUGGGAGCUCUGAGAUACUUACAGGGGAGCUUGCCCCUCGUCCCAGAGACAGAACUCCACUGCCCUUCUCAAGGCAAGAAUACUUUGUACAAGAACUCGCUGGACCUGGUAUGGAGCCCCCCGGUUAUAUCCCUCCUCCAUCUUAUAGGAGGCAGCCUGUAGUUAAUAGAGGACACAGAACUUAUCCUAUCUCAAUGGGUAACCACCAAUAUAGAGGUGACCCAUAUAUGCAGGGAUCUGCAAUGACAGAAGUGCAGGAAUGGUUUAUCAGGCAGACUGGGAUGGCUUGGCCAGACUGUUACAGAGAUGGAAGAAGAAGUAUGCCCUGCAGGACACAGGCACAUCCAGGCUACAGUGAAGAACAGAUGAGUAAUGUUCAGUUCAUUCCCUUUGAUGACCAUCAUGUCAGACACAUUUCAGGUGCAGGGAUAGAUGGAAACUCGUUGACAGAUGCAGACAAAAUCAGAAACAUCAGAAAUGAGAUUCCGGUCAAUCUCUUAUCUGAGAAGUCUAACUACAGUGCCUUUCCUCUCACAGAGAAACCCUUUGACCGCACUGAACCAAGUAAAAGCAAUAUUAGUGACUCUAUUAAUGAGGACAGUAUACACAAGGAAGUGCUUAAGGAGACAGAAAGUUCAACCACAUUACCUGACCAAAACUGCAACAGGCAUCCAGCUACCCAGGGAAAUAUUGUUGCUCUUCAGAUGACAAUGCAACAGAAUUCAAGCCAGGGUUUAAUUGAGACAGUGACACAAGUAAAGAAAUUUGAGGCAAAAACUGUGUCUGAGAACAAGAAAAACUCAAAGAAGAAGCUCAAAGAGACAAUGUUUUGCCUGGUUUCUGUCCCUAUUAGUAUGCAAGCUAACAAACGUGUUUCUGACCCAAAUAACAAUGAAAAAGUGACUAAUUCAACAGAAAACACAGUGGUGCAGCAUGGCAACCAAAACCUUUUAAAAACAUCACGCAAAGAGACACAAAUACAGUCCAGCAGCUCCCCAUCCAUUAAAAGAUCCCCGUUGAGGAAAGAGAUUGUAGAUACUAGGUCACUUAGUACAAGCCAAGACAAUGAAUUGUUCUAUGCAGGAUCCUGGCCUGGAGAUCAUUACAGAAACCAGGAAACUCAGACGGGUUCUCCAGAAGUUUCCAGAAAUACCCAUCCUCUGGCAAAUGACCAUUCUUCCCCUCACGCAAUCACUGAUAAUGAAGGUGAAACCAACUGUAGUGCCAACUACGGAUAUCCCAUGAUAGGUCAAAAGGAUCUCAACCCUUCCAGGAACAGUGCAUUCUCUAGAACUAGGAAUGGAAGUAGUUCAAGUAUAAGGAGCCCAACUCUAACCCAAUCAUCAUCAAAUCCAUCAUCUCCAGACCGUCAGCCUUUGCUGAGAAAGACAAAUGAAACAGCAGAUGGUCAAGAAGUUUUUGGACAGUUCUUGCUAAAGCCAGUGAACAGACGCAAAUGGGAUGCCAUUGGGGAGCUUGAGUCUUUUAAUAAGGAGAUACAGGAUCAUACUGGGAAGUAUCCAAAUGUUGAUCAGAAUAUAGAGGAGCUGGAUGAGGCAUUGAACAGUAUUCUGGAGCUGAGUGACACAAACAGAGAAGUCAAUAAUACAAGACAGGAAACCACCCCACUUCACAUGAAGAAGGAAACUGACCAGCAGUCACAUAUAGUGCAGGUCACAGAGAUGCAAAUGAAAAGCAAUAACUUAAAUGUAAUGUCUGAUUCAGGGAACAGAGGCCAUCCAGAAUACAAAGGUAAAAAAAGUUCCUUGUCCAAGGCAAAGGUGAACUUGGACAGCCAGAUGCAAUAUAUACCUGUCACCAAAACUGAUAAUUAUGUCAACUUUGAGAUUAUGCAGAGGGGGGACACUGAUUCAGCAAUACAUCGGCAGGAUAUCCCUGUGCCGAAGGAGUGCUUGCUUAAGGAUGUUGGUUUAACAGUAUACACUGCCAUUCCAGACACUGUGACCUCUGGAUCCCCUACAUGCUUGAGUCCUGACUCACCCAUGUUAACCAGCCCUUCAGACAACUCAGAGAUAUGUGAGACUUUGCAGAUUACAUCAUCAGACAGUAGUGGAGAUUUGAGCAGGCACAGCCCUGAGUUUGCUGAAGGUACUCAAAGCUUGAACGAUAAUAAUGCCUUCAACUCCAAAGCCCUCCACAAGAAGGAAGCUGGGAGAGGAAACACAGACGUUACUAGAUCGGGGAGGUCCUCGCGUAUCAAUGUGAUCAAAAGUCUUCAUUGUAAGUUUAAGGGUAAUUAUGAGGAUGAUGAUGACAGUUUUUAUUCAGAAUAUUUAAGCUGGAGUAAUGAAAAGACCUUGGCAGAUGAACAUCUUGAAACUCUUUUGAGUCAAGAGAAGGCCAAUAGUAUGCAGACCGAAGACCUUAGUAAACUGUACCAAGUCCAGUGUGCCAAAGGCAUUCCUGAAAAUGAAUCCAUUGAACAACGGGCUGCCAGAAUACUUGGCAUUGCAGUGCCAGUUGAAGCCUUGGUUGUUGACCAAGUUGAUAACAAUCCAGUAGAAAGACAUUUGAAAAUUAUAGAUGCUGCAGAAUUGGCGAUACAAACCAAAGAGAUUAGCUUAAAUGAGGAGAAACAGAAUGACAGUAGAGAGUGUGAGGAAGUGCCAGAUAGGUCUAUGGAAAGUCAUGGAGAUAUGUCAGAGGUAGGACUUGGAGGGGAUCCAGAGUCUGGAGAAGAUUUACCUAGUGCUGAAAAGCACAGCCAGAGAGUCUCCUCAGUGCUGGAGCUGCCAGAGUUUCCUCCAAGUAACUUAUGUUUGUCGCUUCCACUGACUGAGGAUAAGGAAUUGACUCGAAGUGUAGGUGGGGGAGACAGGAAGGAGACAGCUAAUACUGAGAUAACAGAAGUGCCACAGAACCACUUGCAGGCAUUUUGCCCACCUCCUCUGUCCCCCUCAUCCACAAAUGAUCAAGCAUCCAUGGAGUACACCAUCUAUGCAAAGGAAAAAAGCUCUCAGUCAUUAGUGAGAACUAUCACCAGGAUCACCUUUGCCAAAGAGACAGACUUAGAAGAAAAGGGAGGAAAACUAAAAGAAUCAGUUAUAGAGGAUGAAACGCUAGUGGAAGAGACCCAAUACAGUGAGAAUGCAGUCAAAGAAAACAAAUCAGGUAAAGAGGAUGAAAUGCUAGUGGAAGAGACCCAAUACAGUGAUAAUGCAGUCAGAGAAAACAAAGACAUGACCAGUUAUAUGCAAGAAGAGGAUGAGCAAAAGACUCGGGAGGAAGUUUCAGCUGAAGAGGUGAUACUAGAAAGAUCAAAGCAGCCACCAAAGUCAAUGGCACGUCCAAUCCCACAACCACGUAGUGGCAUGGUAACAAAGAGAGAGAUCACUCUGCCACAAGGAUUCAACAUGGAUAAUACAAUGCCUGCAAUUGAGGAUGAUGACAAGCUUUUUAUUUCAGAUGCAUAUGACCCCAGUCGUGUGGAGAGAGUCUGAUCUUGGACACUGUCAAGGCAAACUCUGUGACCUUACUGGAAUACACAAUGUAAACAAGCACUCAUCUGAAACUGACCAUGAUGCAGGCUUGGACUCAAUUUACUAAUACAUAGUCACAGAAGUUCAUAAGCAGGAAGAUGGACUUCAUGCCACAUAUUAAGACUAAUUUUCAGAACUUCUAUGGCCUGUUGAUGGAUGAAGUAGCUAAGUUGUUUAUCAAUGAAAUAUGAAUGUAUAAUGUAUAUCAAGUAAAGCUCAGACAUUACAGAAAUAGCUACAAAUCAGUCUGUGUGGACUUAAUAAUUUUCUAAAGUUUCUCUGCACCAGCAAAGGCUGGAGUUCUGUUGGACUUUCACAGAACACAGUGUCAUUGUGCCAACAGCGACAAGAAAGACACAAAAGCUUGCACUUCUCAUUUUCUGCAGUAUUACCAAUGAGAGAAAGGAAAGAGGCCUUGAUGUAUUAAAGCAAUGAAUUGGACUGGUGAGGUAGCAGCUGAAUCAGUGACAUAACACUGUGCUUUUAACCACAGAGAAAUAUUUUUGCAAGAAAUGUUAAAAGGAAAGUGUGAUUAUCAGUUUUAGAGGUGGGAGAAACCAUUUAUAUCACUGUGGUAGAAUUGCAAUACAAAAUCAUAUUUCUUUGCAAAUGGAAUAGGCUGCUUUUACCCAAAUUAUGCAGUUAAGAAGAAAGCUAAACUGAGGCAAAGAUUUAAGAAUAUGUUGUGUGAAAAACUUGGUCUCCAGCAACUUUAAUCUUAAGUGCAGUGACUUCAAUAGUCGGUUUUCAUAGUUAUUGCUUUAAAAUGACUCCCUUCAUUAAAGAGGUUUUUUUUAUAUCUCAUAU